AUGGCCGCCUCACGAGCUGCCAAUUUGGUGGAGAAAGCAGUUGGACAUGGUGAUAACGCAUCGAUCACUACUGAUGUCAGCAACUACCAGAAUGAACACGGCAUGGAAACUGGAGAAAAGAUCCUAGCCACUACUUGGCAAGGGAAAAAAAGCAUAAAACUCGUGGAAAUGAAGAAGCCAAGAAUAAUUGACCCAGGAGAUGUGAUCGUGAAGGUGACAGGGAGCACGAUCUGUGGAAGCGAUCUGCAUCUAUAUCAUGGGGUCAUUCCUGAACUCGAAAAGGGCGAUGUUCUCGGACACGAAUGCUGUGGCAUAGUAGAAACAACUGGACCUGAAGCAAACAAGGUCAAAGCUGGUGAUCGCGUAGUUGUUUCCUUCCCAAUUGCGUGUGGGGAGUGCCGGAACUGUCGACAUGAGAGGUUCUCCCAAUGUGAAAGAACCAACGAAAAUACGAUUGCAAAUGCCAUGUAUGGGAAGCGAACUGCUGGGAUCUUUGGAUACUCGCAUUUCACGGGAGGCUUUGCCGGUGGCCAGGCAGAGUACAUCCGGGUUCCAUAUGGCAAUGUCAAUUUGCUCCCCAUUCCCGCUGGUGUGCCUGACGAAAAAGCUCUCUACCUCUCUGAUGUCAUUGCUACCUCUUGGAAUUGUGUGGUAGAUACUGGUGUUAAAAAAGGCGACGUCGUUGGCAUUUGGGGUGGUGGCCCAAUUGGGCAGAUGUGUGCUCAGUUCUCUUUCUUCCAUGGAGCCAGUCGAGUUAUCUUGAUUGAUGGUGGUGAGGCUUCAUGGCGUUUGGAUUUCGUCAAACAAAAACUGCCCAAGCUAGAGACAGUUAACUUCACCCAGUUAUCAAAAGGCGAUUCCGUGACAUCGCGACUGAAGGAGCUGGUUCCCGAUGGUCUUGAUGUCGCUCUUGAGUGCGCUGCGGGUGAGUACGCCAAAGGGUGGGCACAUUACUUUGAACAAAUGUUGGGAAUGGAAACGGAUACAUCUGAACUAUUGAACGAGAUGAUCGUUUCUGUCCACGCAUACGGACGGGUUGGCGUAACAGGUGUCUAUGCAGGAUACACCAAUCAUUUCAACAUUGGGGCCUUGAUGCAGACCGGGGUGCGGCUUAUUGGCAAUGGCCAAGCUCCAGUGCAGAAGUACUGGCAGCAGCUCAUGGAACUCAUUCAAAAAGAUGAAAUCAAGCCCCUCGACAUGGUCACUCACCGACUUCGCCUCGAAGAUAUUGAAAAGGUGUACGAAGCCUUCGACAAGCGUCAAGGAAUGCAGAAAAUCUUUUUGCAAACCAAGUACUCCAAUCCCCCUGCACCUGGGGCUCCAGAGUUAACUUCACUAUGA